CUCAUACGAUCAUCAACCGUAUGGCUGUCAAGUAGCUGAGUGGGAACCUCUGCCGUUGAAAAACUAAACUCGUCGUCGAAUCCUCAAUUUCUCCGGCUUCGUCGAGGCCUAAAUCCGUGACGGUGCCUCAAUGAGCUUGCGGCCAUCUACGACUUUUGUUUUAUUCAGCCAUUAAAACGCCCAGGUUACCAUCUGCAAAGAGUUUCUGGCAAUCAUACUUUGAACUCAAUCCGACUCUUUAUUCUACUUCUAGGGGAUAAGGCUGAGCAGACGCCUCGUCGAAAAGAAUGCAUACCCUUCCUACCAACGCGAACUCCUUUCCGCCCGACCCAACUCAAGCAACAGCAUCUCAGCCGCCGCUUUCACCAUCUAAGACGAUAAUCAUCGGUCUCUCGGGCCCAUCCUCAAGCGGGAAAACCACGCUCGCCAGACUGUUGAGGAGUAUUUUCAACGUCAGCGUGACUGUGCCAGUGGCGGACGACGAGGACGGCACGGGAGAGAAGGAGUAUCGACUAAGUUUGUUCAUUUUGCACCAGGAUGAUUUUUACAAGACUGAUAAAGACGUCCCGUGGGUAACAGUCUCCUCCCCUACCCAUGGCACCCGCACCGAACAAGACUGGGACUGCGUCGGUUCCCUUGACCUUCCACUUUUCCGAUCCACACUGAGUCAUGUCUGCAAGCACGGCACAUUACCUCCGGAUAUAGUCAGUAUCGAGGACCAGAAUUCGGUCGGUGAUGUGCAUGUUACAUCCGACGAAGUCAAUUCGCUGCACGAGCAGAUGCGGUCGUGGUUUGAGGCAAUAGUCCGCAAGCACGUCGCUACUGAUACCCAUGCCGAGGUCCCGCGAGAGAUUCGGAUAUGCGUCUUGGAAGGGUUUCUGCUGUAUCCUCCCAGCCCAAGGUCGGCGGGGUUCGCAUCUACAGCGCACGGUCUCGCGGGAGACGAGACGGACGACUUAGUUGAGCUGUAUGCCCUUUCACAUGAGUUGUUGUCGGCCAAAUUAUUCCUUCCAUGCACCAAGAGUCAGAUGGUGGAAAGGAGGGAAAAGAGGACUGGGUAUGUUACGCUCGAGGGCUUCUGGACCGAUCCGCCGGGAUACGUGGAGGAUGUGGUGUGGGUGAACUAUGGGAGGUAUCAUGGGUGGAUGUAUCAGGGAGACGUCGAGGCGGAGGUGUUUGAUGAGCAGAGUUGUACGGAUGCUGGGGUCAAGGUGUUCCUGGGACCGAAAAAGGAGGUAGGAAGGGACACGAUGAAGGAGAGUCUCGACUGGGGAGCUGGGGAGGUCAAGGGUGUGGUGGAGAGGUUGCUGGAGAGAUAAGAAGUGUCACCCAGGUGUGGAAUGCGUAUAGAAGUAAAUUUAUCAGCCGAAAGAAGAGCCGUCGAAAGUGACGCGGGUCGUGAGGACUGGGGGGGUGUCGAAGGAUGGUAAUCGGGAUAAUGGGAUCCUCGAGAUUUUGGUAGUCCAAGGUCUGGUCCUACUGUUACGAGUUGUUCCGCUGGAGGAUCUCUCUGUGCGACAAUGCCGCCUUGUUCUUCUCCUUGUCCGGCCAUUUUGUUAGAGCCGCAAAAUCUAAUCUACCUGUUUUCUUCUUUGCUGGACAAACCAACCAGAUCCUCAGCGGGCAUCCCUCAUCGCCACCUUUCGAUCAGCCACCUACGCACUUACUUCGCACCGGAGGCAGGCAGCGCCGGCAGGCAUCGUGAUCGAAAGAGAUCAGUCCUAGAGUACCUCG